UAAACGUUAAAAAAAAAAAAAAGUUGGGUAAUAGUUAACAUUGGUGGUCUUAACUAUAUGCCAGAUGUUUUUACAUUUAUUUCAUGUAGUACUAACAAAAAUUCUAUGAUAGGCACAUUUUUUACCACCCCCCCUCCCUUUUAAAGAUGUACAACCUGAAGUUCAAAAAGGUUAAAAGAAUUUGCUUAAGGUUCUUCAGCUAAUCAGUUAGCAAAGCUGGGUCGUGCACUCAGAUCUGUCAAAAAUCCAAAGCAUAGGGAAAGCACCAUGCUGUACUGCUUUCUCAUAAGGGUAGCUAUAAUUUUUUUGAGUCACUGCAAUAUGCCAGGCAUUUUGCUAAAUUACAAACAUCUCAGCAGAAUAUGGUUGGGGAGAAAUUUUUGAUACUAACAAAAGCAGGAAAGAGGUCUUCUAGAAGUUUUAUUUAUUCUCUCGUGUAAAUAUAUAAUCAAUAUUUGCACAUCCUACUCAACCUGUUUUCCGUAAGAUUUUUAGUUUGCUCACAAAGUUUGCCACCACCACAGUACAUUUGAAAAAUCAUAGUCAGGUAGACAGAGUGAUUGCAAGCUGGGGUUUCAGGACUUCCAGACGAAGGGCCAAUUUGUUUGGUUCCUUUUUAAAGGUGCAGAGUAUGCAGGAUCCCAAGAACGGAGAGAUAAGUAAGAUUUGAGUCUUGCCUUUUCAGUUCUGUUCUCUCCCAGCUGGGGAAUUAGAGAGGGUAUCACAAAGGAAGGAACGCUAAAGCUUGAUUUCAAACCCUGACCUAGAGAAAGAAGACAUCAGGCUGAAAGAACUUCAUUAACAUAAGAUCAUUUGAAGCAUGAUUUAUAAAGAAAGUCAGAUCUCAAGGGUGUCCUGCAAGAUGUCUUAAAAAGUCUUAACUCUGAGAUGGCAGUGAUUGAAACAUAGUGUGGGAAGGAAGAACAAUAUAUAAAGAAGAAGAAACAGGACUUGGCUCAGCAAGCAAAAGAAACACUGAACAAAGGAGAGGAAACCAACAAAGAUAAAUUUGGAAGCACUGAAUGCAGCAAAACAAGAACAAUGGAUCUCAAGUUCAACAGUUCCAGGAAAUAUAUUUCUAUAACUGUCCCUCCCAAAACACAGACAAUGUCACCACACAUCAAGUCAAUAGAUGACAUUGUGGUGCUUGGCAUAAAUCUCAGCAGAUUUAACAAACUUACUCAGUUUUUCAUAUGUGUUGCUGGAGUUUUUGUAUUUUACCUAAUUUAUGGAUAUUUACAGGAAUUAAUAUUUUCAAUGGAGGGUUUUAAGUCCUUUGGCUGGUACCUAACUUUAGUACAGUUUGCAUUUUACUCCAUAUUUGGCCUAAUAGAACUUCAGCUUAUUCAGGACAAAAGGAGAAGAAUACCAGGAAAAACCUACAUGAUAAUAGCUUUUCUAACUGUGGGUACUAUGGGGUUAUCAAAUACUUCCUUGGGCUACCUGAAUUAUCCCACCCAAGUCAUCUUCAAGUGCUGCAAAUUGAUUCCUGUUAUGCUAGGAGGAGUUUUUAUUCAAGGGAAGCGUUACAACAUUGCAGAUGUGUCUGCUGCCAUGUGUAUGAGCCUUGGCCUGAUAUGGUUCACCCUAGCUGACAGCACGGUUGCACCAAAUUUCAACCUGACUGGUGUGAUCCUUAUUUCCCUGGCACUGUGUGCGGACGCCGUCAUUGGGAACGUUCAAGAGAAAGCCAUGAAACUGCACAAUGCUUCCAACUCAGAAAUGGUUUUGUAUUCGUAUUCCAUCGGUUUUGUGUACAUUUUACUGGGAUUGACAUGCACUAGUGGAUUAGGCCCUGCAGUAACAUUUUGUUCAAAGAAUCCAAUUCAGACCUAUGGUUAUGCUUUCCUUUUUUCCCUCACUGGGUAUUUUGGAAUCUCCUUUGUUCUGGCUUUGAUUAAAAUUUUCGGUGCACUUCUUGCUGUAACAGUGACAACCGGAAGAAAAGCAAUGACUAUCGUACUUUCAUUUAUGUUCUUCUCCAAACCAUUCACAUUUCAGUAUGUCUGGUCUGGUUUGUUAGUUGUCCUUGGUAUAUUUCUCAAUGUUUACAGCAAAAAUAUGGAUAAACUAAGACUACCAGCACUAUAUGAUCUGAUAAACAAAAUAGUGGAAAUGAGAAAGUCAAGGACGUUGGCACAAACCGUAUAGUGAGUGAUUCAUCCUGUUUAAAACAGAACUCUAAGGGAGUAAUCAUCAAGUAAUUAACUUUCGAAAGGGAUUAUUAUAAAAACCAAAGGAUCUGAAGGCAUGCUACCCAUUUGUGGAUGGGUCACCUACGAAGUCAGCCUUUUCUUCAGGAUACUUGUUUAACCGUUUGACUUCUGAAGCAAUCAAGAGAGCCACAUCUGGCACGCCUUAGAAUCAAAUGUCAGUGUGAAGGACUGACAUUUCUUAGCAACCUGUUGAGAAUUGCACUGGAAAUGGACCAUGUUGCAAAACUAAUUGGAUAUCAUUAUGACAUAUCAAAGAAAUUGAUAUAAUAAUAUCAAUUAAUAGAUUGUUUUGUUUUCAUUCCAUUUUGGUGUUGUUAUUUAAAUGAUUCUCUGUUAUAAGAGUGAACUGAUGAUUUAAAGUCUAGAAAGAAUAACUUCAUUAUAAAUAAAAAUUAUUCUGUGAUUUUUUUAAAUAAAUGUGUUAUUAGAAUUUUGUUAUGAAGAGGGAAGUGAAGGUUGGAGUAAGUCUUUACAGAAACUUUAAAACUUGGGCUUUUCUCCGAUAAUUUAGUAGGAGUAUUAGAGGAAACGUGCUUUAAGUUUUCUGUGAAAUAUAGACAGCAUAAUAAAAAGAGUCAUCCUGCAACCUGUAAGUAUGUGUCUCAGAAAAAAUUGCUACUAUUCAUCAAAGAAGUGCUAAAAGAUUUAAUGAUUUGGAUUUUUUAAUUGAAGGGAAAAUAAUGCAUGCCUUAAAUUACAAUAAAAUAAUAAAACCAUCAUAGUUUUUCUCAUAAAACUGAAAUUUAAUUUGGCAGCUUAAAGAUUAAAUAGGGUAAACGUAAGAAACACAAGUAGAUUUUACCAAAUUUGUACAGUAUCUUGUAUGCACAGUUUUGAGUAUAAACUCGUGAAGAUUUUGGCCUUAUUUUGUAGCAGUUGAGUUUUGGAAUUGCUUCCACUGUAUUAAAAAAAUCCAAUUAAUCUUCAUUUUCAGCAUAAGUAAUGCUAGUUAAAACAGCUUAGUUUCUGUGUUAUUGGUGAUAUCACUUAUAUUUUGUGAGUAUAAUAUACUUGGAAUAUUAAUCUUGUUCUGAAAAUUCCAUUGUAUUCUGAUGGUAAUUUUAACCUGUUAUGUGCAUAUGUGGGUGUAACAGAGCCCGUGAUAAUUUAAGAGUCUAGCCAUAAGGAAUUCUGACUGAAAAUCAGUUACAUGUUAAAAUACUCUGAGGGUAUUUUUCCCCAAAUGGUAAUCAGUUUUUAAGUUUUCAUAUUUUAAAAUGAAAGGAAUCUUAAUUUAUAUUUCAUUAUGCCUUCUUAAACUCUUAAGACAGUAAGGAAAUUUGUGCCAUUAAAAAAAAUCAGUUUUCCCGAGUUCUUGAUAAAAGAUUAUAAUUUUAACUUUUCAAGGCAUCCUUUUAUGUACAUGCUUUUCUAAUUUUUUUUGUCUUUGCCUGUUAAGAAUUCCUCACCCCACCCCCCAAUUUUAAACAGCUGAGCACUGUUUAAAAAUUGGUUUGCCAGCCUAACCCUUUUACUCCCAUUUCCUUUUUUUACCUGCUAUCAGAUGGAAGCAAACUUCAUCUCACUUAUUUGUGUCCCUAGAGUACCCUUAGUGAAUAGUUUGAAAUACAGAAUACUUUUCUAUAGUAAAGGAAAUCAAUAUUUGAAUGUA